AUGUCUUACGAAACAAGUUCAAGUGCUAAAAUAUAUAUAAAUAAAAACCUCAAGGAUAAAGAACUUGCUGAUGAACCACUUCUAGAUAGUGGAAAUUAUUAAGAAAUAGCUUAAUAGCUGAAAGUUUAGCUUGAUCAACUUUCAGACUUUAUGACUAGUCUAAACAGCAAUAUGUAAAAGUAUGAGUAAUCUCAAAAUAGAAGACCCUCUUAAUCGAAAGAAGAUUACUUGAAUGAGCAAGAUUAGAGGACGAGAAAGAAUAUAGAAGAUCUAUUAAGAAAAAAUGCAAUGCAAAUUAGUACAAUCAAAAGAGGUUUAGAUCACUUGAGUGACAUCUAAGUUUCAGGAGUCAAAGAUAAUUAAGCUAGAAUGCGAGAGUAUAAUUCUAUAAAGUCUUCUCUUAAUGAAAUGACGAAAAAGUUUGAAACAUAUGCUAAGAGAUUUGGUGACACAGAAGAACUAAACUUAAAAAACUAUAGAGAUUCAGUCUUAAAUCCAAAUAAAAAAUUAAGAGAAAGAGCAGAGAUUGAAUAAAUAGAAGACUACUUAAAAGAGAGGAAAGAGCAGCUUGAUAAAGUACAUAAGCUAAUGGGAGAUGUCCAUUCUAUAGCUAAGGAUAUUGGAGUCGAAGUUGUCGUUCAAGGCAAAAAGAUAGAGGAAAUUAAUACAGAGAUGGAGUCGGCUAAGGAAAAUGUAGAAGGAGGAAAAGAGUAAUUAUAAUAGAAGAGAGAUCGAACCAUCAGAGGAAAUAAGUGGAUAAUGUUUCUAUUUGCUGGAGUUUUAGGAUUGGUUUUAAUACUUUUACUGGUUAUCUUUCUAAGAAGAUGA